CGGUCUCCUGUAGAUCCGACCCAGGCUGUGCAAAGGAUUAAACGUCCAAGUGUACCCGGGGACUGAAGCGAAAGAGUGAUGAUCACCUGUACGUUGAAUCCGGACAGGAGCGUCGUGCAAUAUCCGUCCAACGACAAGCGCGAGACCAAGCCUUGACAUCAUCGUGCCAAUGCUGGUGGCUUGAAAUCAUCCCGUGCUGAGGUCGUCGCAUAUAAUACCAUCACCACCGGAGCGAACGAUUGCUCGCAACGCGAAAACCUUUCGAUUACGAACAACAUCGCAUCGCUGCGCAAAUCCGAGAAUGGCCUCCACAACAGCCGACACCGACGACACCUCCGACGUGGAGACCUCCUGGCAGCCUCCCGCCGGAAUCCACCCAAGCGUCAACCUUCCCCUCGCCUUCAAGAUCUACUACCGCAAAGCACGCCUCACGCAUUUCGAAUUCUACAUCGGCCACCAAAAGGGCCAAGUAUUACACGCGAUCUCCGGCGGAUGGGAACAUCUGCUGCACUCGAAGAUCGGACUGCAUUCGGGACCCGAGACCGACUCCCCUCUCCUCGGCAGCGCCGUCAUCAGGAGCAAAUCCGUCGAGAUCACCCUCCCCUCAUCCGGCGACACCACCCACAAGAUGGAGACCACCCGGACCCACUUCCGCACGCAAUCCGCCAACGGCUCCUUCGACCUGCUCGUCCCGGGGAUCCCGGCGCCGGAGCAUUUCGAAUGGGUGGAUUCGCGGGGCCCGGAGGUGCAGAGCCUGGGGAACCGGGACAAGACGGGCUGGGUGCUGCUGCGGAUCGGCCACGGGGCGGAGUUGGGCGAGCCGGUGGCGGCGUACGCGUAUGAUCCGUGGAGCUGGAAGCUUUCGGGGCAUUUUGCAUUUUUCAACAGUGGAAGGACGGAGGCGUUGGGAGGGGAAUUCGUGGUCUUGGCGGUGCUGUCGGCGUUGAGUCUGGGGCAGAAGAAGAGGGUGCAGUAUUCGGGGACGAAUCCGGUUUUUAUCAGGGAUUGAAUAGGGAGGAGUGAGUUUUCGAAGUGUGUAUCUAUGGUGAUUGGUUGAUUUCAUGUGCGGAGGAAGUAUGAGAUUCCUGGUAUUGUUUGUUUUUUGACUUUCUUAACUUUGUUUGUUUAGUCGGUUGCUGGUGGAGGCUGAAUGUUGAGUUUGGACUGACAUCGAAGCGAAAGUUGACGAGACACCUAUCGCAAGUUUUGUCGAGGGCCGUGGACGGAUAACCUUGCACACGUCGAAGGAUCACCGCCAACCUAGGUAUUAUGGAAACCAGCUGUCAAGCCAGAGCGAUGGGAAACGACCCUGGAGAGGCAAGACUCUAUGUACACCUCUAUAACAUCAACGCGAUAAGCCUUCCAUCAUGCGCGGGAAAA